AUGAGGAGGUUGGCAUAUGCCGCAUCCGUCGUCGUACCGCCAUACGGCCGUGGAGAAGGAGGCGGUCACAGUACACCUGCGUGGAUGCGCAACUUACUCUCCGUCCGCCUUUUGACGCGGCGGCCAAUGCGCAAUCGGCCAUCGUCGUGUUCUUCUAGGGGUUUCACGCUUCAAGGGGACGUGUGGGGGCCUGUUUUCCUGCAGCACCGGCGCGUCGCUUCGCGGACGACGCCAGGUGACGCGACGGCUUCCGCAGAAAAGCGCAGUCCCCGGGAGGAGGCGUUCGAAGAGGCGCUGUACAAGGACUUUGCACAUCUGUCUUUAGUUCGUCCAGCUGACACCGUCGAUGCGACAUCGUCUAGCGAGGUGGCGUACAAAAACAUCGCUAUCCGUGCCGCGCCCCGUAUUGAGGACCGCACGCCAGCUUCCGGUGCGGUGGCAAGGGAGGCGCCUGAAGAUCGUGCUAGCGCAGGUGUCACAGGCUCCGAAACGCUCCCGGUGAAGACUGGUGCAAAGCCGACCCCUGUGGCGCAGCCCCCACGUGUGAACCCUGGCCGAAGCAGCGACAUGAGGAAUCCGCCCCUGCUGCCGUCCGUCUCAGGGUUUGAUGAGGAGAGGCGCACGCAUCUCACCACCGAGCUCGCGUUUGAGCAGGCGCUCUAUGGCGGCAUCAUUCCUGUGGGCGAUGGGGACGGAGGCGCCACGGACAGCCACAGCACAACGAGCAUUGGCUCCACCUCAAAUACGCCAACCGCGCGAGCGACUGGCGAGGCAGCGGGUGCGAGCGAAGAAUAUCGCCAAGGCUGUGCCGCCGUUUCAACUGGCGCCGCCGCGCCUGUAUCUUCGGAUCCAUUUUCACGGAUACCGGGCCACUUACUGCGGGGAGACAGUGCGGAACUCUCGAAAGGUGCCCCUCCGCCUUGGCAGGCUGCCAGACGCAACGAGGACGAGAGUCAGCCCGCGUCGGCAACGACAGUGACAACACCACGGGUAACCUUUGCGUCUGCUGAGGCCGCCUUUGAGCGCGCGCUCUACGGUGAUGUGAUGACGGAGCCGCUGAGCGGGAAGGCAGAUGUUCUGGUGUCCAAUGAUGCGAGCAUGCCUGAGGCAGGUAGGGAUGGCAGCGCGUCUCCUGGAGCGCCUCCGCUGCCACCGGCCCCGUCUGCGACACCCGACACGCUUGACUCCGCGCGACCGUACCGCGAUGGUAGCGCUGCUGACGCACUUGUGCGCCGCGCGGAUGAUGCCGCACCAGAUGGGGCGAUGGAGGGAACACCAGCAUUAGGCAUGAGCGAGCCCGACACGGGGAGCACCCCAGAGGGCCGUGAGGAUGUCCGCCAGCUGGUCGACAACGCGGCAGACAAAGAGGUAUCUGACGCAGCCGAGGCUAAGGGUGCUGAGAGCGUUGCUGUCGAGAAAGCCAUUCCUCCCCCUACCGUCUCCAUGCGGUGUGCUCUCGAUCUAGACCGUUUAGAUGCCCCGGCCGAUCAGUUUGCACUUUUCGAUGCUCUGUUUCGCGUCACAGACCACCACACAGCCGUCGUCACGCACAUAGACCCCGCAGAUCGGGUGAGGCGAUGCAUGCCGCUGCUAGACCGCAUCAGCAAGCGGGAGCUCUUUUUCGCGAGUGGGUGGAUCUUGGACUUGGAGCGGGCCGAGGACACCAACGCUGCGCCGCCCCGCACAGAGAGGGCAGCUGGCUUCUCAGGAUCGGCGGCGCCGUUGCCGUUCACGCACCGAGAGGUGGUCGGGCGCAGCAAGGUACUGCGCACCCUGGUGUUCCGUCUGCUGCACGCGCAACACCACUGGUGGGACCAGGUGCAGGAGGUCGUAUUGCUUGCGGUGAGGAAGGCGGCGGCACUUGAGACAAGCUGCCCAGCGGUCGUUGGCGACUCAGCCACCGGUGAGGAUACCCCUCCGACGUCCUCUGACGAUGGCGUUGAGGGGGCAACGGCGUCAGUUGUAGUGCCCGCCAGCGGCGCGGCUGCCGUGGAUCGUCUGCUGCGACACACAACCGCGGAGGAUGUUCAGGCAGCCAUGACGCGCAUCUUCGGCACCGAUCCCCAGCAGGUGCACUUCUUCAGCGACGCCCUGUGUGAAGCGCUCGCGACAUUCGGUGACACCAGCGGCGCCGUCGCCGGCUGCGUGGACGGCACGUUUUCAGCCUUCGAGGGGCCGGUGGCGGCGUGGAAUGCGUUCGUUCUCACGCAGCGCCAUCGCACAACUGGGGUCUGCGGGGCGCACAGGCGGCCAUUCAGCUUCGGCGAAGGACGGCCCACGAUUAACAUCUCAGAUCUUGCGCCGCUGCAAUACUGUGAGGGCGCCGCCUCCUGGAGCGACGCGGCGUCUCCCGAGCCGCUCCCAUGCGUCACUGCUGCACGGCACAGCACAGACGCUCGCACGACGGAUGGUGACAGUCAGGUCGACGAGGCCCACGUGGGGCGGCGGUCUACACUUUGCACGCCCUCGGCGGACGCUGCAGCGGCCGACCCCACCACCAUGGCGUGGGAUACAAUGAGUGAGGAGGAGCAGAACACGUUCCUCUUCGGGGCUGAAAGUGCGCAGCUCUCCCUGCGAGUUCGCGAGUCGGGCGGUGUCUACGCCGUGUUCGGACAGCACAAUAUUCCGUUUGAGAUGGAGAGCAUGCUCGCGGAGGCCGAAUUGGUGGCGCAGCAGCGCGAGGCGCUGGGAAAGGAAGAGACGGAGGCCGACGCAGCAGACGGAGGUGGCAUCCACGUGCCGGCAGAGGCAUCGCUGCUCGAGGUGAUGCGCGAUCAGGAGGCAGCGCACGUACGUGCGUACGAUGUAGACCGCGUGGUGCUCGAACUGAUGAACAGCGAGGGAGCGACCGUCGCCGCGCCGCCCGGCGGCCGCUCGUCCUUCCUAUCGAGUCUGGCGGCCGCGUCCAACGAGAGAAGCGGAAGCACUUCCCGACAACAACGCGCCCGCGGACGCAUUGGCACGACCGCGCCCGCCUCCACGAUGCCGUUUCAAUGGCAGCUGCGGAAUAACGAGGAUGUGCAACUUGCCGCACUCUGGCAGCGUUUCGUUCGAGCGUCAACAGGCGACCUCAUAGGCAACCUCGUCUACGUGCGCCGCCAUGCUAGCUCUCUCGUGCACGACGCCGUGGUGGAUAUCGCCGUGCAGAAGGCCUUCUGGCUGCUUUUCUUCGCGCGCGACGAGGUGCGCGCCGUCACCCAUCCAAAGCGCACGUACGAGACACUCUGGAACUUGCACCAUCAGCUCGUCGCACUCUUUGCAUUACCUCACGGUGAUGGGUCACCGCCCUCGCCGACGCCGAGGCGGGUCGCCCGUGGCUGUGAGGAUGCACAGGCGGCGCGCCCGACCUUUGAGGAUCUCUCGCUGCACAGUCAGGUUAGCUACGCAUGUUUUGGCUGCGCGCACGUGCCACCGCGGCCGAGUUCCCUGGUGACGGAGGCCGCGGGAGUAGGCGACAAGCCCCACAUCCACUCUAGCGUCAGCGUCCCCUAUGCAUCGCCCACCGACCUGUAUGCUGCCCUCGCCGGGUCCUACAACGGGCAUGGUGCUGGGCAGCUAGAAACAGGAGCGGCGUUUUCAACGUCCGCCGACGGCACACAGUCCUCGGGCAGCGAGACAGAAAAUUUUACGACCCUCUCGGCUCUCCAGCAGUCUGCCAUCGACUUCUGCUUCCCCCGCAACGGAGCCGAGAGAGAUGAAGCGGCGCUGUUCCUGCCUGCGGGUGGGGGCCCCACGGUCGCGGUGGCAGCGAUGACCACCGCGCUUGAAACGGCAAACACGGAGAGGGAUCCGCAGAACGAGCAAGGCGAGUCCUCUCCCGAUGCCGGAUCGUACCCCGCAUCCGAAGGGGAACCACUGAAUGAUGACGAACGUACGCAGCCAGGUGCCAACGUGAGGCAGCGAGCAGCGCGUGCUAGAAAGGUCAGAGUCCACGGCGGUGCAGCCGCCGACGACGACGCGUGGAUCCGGCAGGUACACAGCGCACUCGAGGGCAGUGUAUACGAGUGCCUCCGUUCACUCCGGGCAGCCGGCGUGCUCGCGGCACCGCUCCCUUCCUACGAGCGCCGCCGCGACAACCUUGGUGUGACCUUGGCGACCUUCUCCGACGAGCAGCGGCGCAAAGUGUGGCGCGCCGUGCAGGAUAUCACAGCCGCAAUGAUCGAGGGAGACGCUGUGGAGUCCUCGGUAGGUGCAUCGUCGUUAGCGAGGGAUGCACGGGUGCCUACCAAGGUGGAAGACAACCAGCAUCGCAUGCCCUCUCCCGACGCAGCAAUGGCAGAUGCGCUCGCGUCUCCGCAGAAAAAGAAUCGGAAGGCUAUGAGAUCUGCAUGCUCGCUGGGAGCGCCAGAUGUGUCGAUGGGGCACUAUAAGCGCCACCAGGCUAGUGAAAGGCUGAUGACAAGUGACAUGCCUCUUAGGCGCAAGCGAGGUAGGAAGCCGCGCACUGUGAGCUUCGACGCCAUCGAGAGUGCAUCAGAAGAACGAGAAGCCACUGCUCCCGAGCAGACAAGGCACUUGAGCAAGCCCUCAAGGCAACGAGGCACAGGCCGCCGAGGCCGUAAAGGUGGGGCGGCACGACGGGAGUGCGGCGUUACCAACGAGGAGGUGGCCCACAUCAUGGCCUUGUUUCGCGAAGGCGAAACGUAG